UGUGGAGAAACCGAGCAGCUCGUGGCCACACCCAAAGCAGGGCCGCCUUAACACGUUGAACCAGUGAUGCCUUCCAGAAGGUGUGUCCCGCCUUUCUGAAGCCCAACCGUGCUUUCACCUCCUCCUUCCCCGCCUGCCGCCAGGGUGUUGUCACCGCGCCCAGUGCUCGGAACAAAACCAGCGAAGACAGUAGCGGUAGCGAGUCUCUCUAUCUCCCCUUCGCUCGCUCUCUCUCCCUCACGAGGAGACGUUUUAAGUUUUCGCCUCUUGGAUUCGGUCGAAUAAUUGCGGUGCUAUUUUGAGAACCUCGCCACAGUCGACCCGGAAUAUACACGCCUGCAACCGGUUCGGAUUGUGACCGAGUCUUUGGGGGUUCUGCUGCGACCAUGGGGGACGUGGUUUCCUCUCACCUGGAUGAAGGCAAGCGGGAGAUGAUUACAGCGAAGACGGGAGAUGUGAUGAGACAGUUCGGCGACGUGUAUAAGCAGCAGUAUGCCGUCGCUCUCUUCAACAGCAUCCGCUACGAGAUCGAAGGAGGUGGCGGGCCACAAUCGCAGUUGCUCCACCGGAAGGAUCCUUUGGCUGGCCGUUCGAUCUUUUCAGGGAAUUUGUUUCAGUACCUGGAGGAGAAUCGCAAGUGGAGAAAUCGCUUCGUAUCGGUGCCGAACAACUACACCAUCAACCUCUAUGAGAGCAAAAUAGCACAUGAGCGGACUCUGCAUCCCAAAGUAACCAUCAACUGUGCCGGCUACAAGGCCCUCACGUCUAUUGAAGAUUACAUGGAACUGAUUAACGAAAGCCUUCCAGAUGUCAAAGCCAAAUCGAGCAGCAAUCCGUUUAUCAGAUGUGCAACGCAGUUCCCACUCAUCCUGUGGCACCCGUACGCCCGCCAUCAUUACUUCUGUGUGAUGACCGAGAAGGAGCAGCAGAAGUGGCACGCCGUCUUGCAAGACUGCGUCCGGCACUGUAACAACGGUCUGCCGGAGGACUGCACCGUUCAGACGCCGGCCUUCACUGACACUGUGAGACUGCACAGACAAGCGAAAGGCCACUAUGGGACCUGGGACAUGAUGUGUGGAACGCCUUCACAGAUCCUGGCAAAUCUAGUGAUGGAGAGUCUCCAUCCUGAAGUGAGAAACGCAAUCGGUCCUCGUUUGAAAGGCAAGAUGCAGCAAAGGCAGCGAGAUUGGAUGUUUAUCUCUGAUGCAGUUUACCGGCAAGUUUUGUCCCAGACCGCCAGUGAGUAUGAACUUCUUCUUGAAAACUGCGAGACUCGGAAGGUUCAGCUGGAUGCCAGGCUGAGAACUGACAUGGACCAGGUCAUCACAUCCAAAGAACACGUCAGCAGCAAGAUUCGAGCCCUGGUGUUACCCAAAGCCGAGUCUCUCCUGAAGAGGAGCGUCCAACCUUACAUCAACUCCAUCCUAGAGGCUCUCAUGGAGCCCAUCAGCCGAGGUUUCGCUGAGGUCAGGGAUGUUUUCUUCCGGGAGGUGGUGGACAUCAGCAAGAACCUCUUAAACGGAGGAGACAAAGAAAAACUGGCAGAGCACCUGGAGAAGCUCUCCAUGCUGGCCUUCCAUCCAGUCAAAAUGAAGAGUUGCUAUGAUAAUGUGGAGGAGCUCAACCUGGAGGGACUGCAGCAAAGGUUCGACGUCUCCAGCCCUUCGGUAUUUGUCAGCAGGGCUCAGAUCCUCAUGAGGGAGCAAAUGGACAAUGCAGUGCACACAUUUGAGCAGCUGCUGCAGCAGUCGUUAGCUGCCCAAGGAGAAAAUGACAUGUGUAAAAUCAUCCAAGGGUGCCAGGACAGGGUUCUCAAGAAGUACGAUUACGACAGCAGCACAGUACGCAAGAAGUUCUUCAGAGAGGCUCUGCUGCAGAUCAUCAUCCCCUACAUGCUGCAGCAGCUGGCGCCGUCCUGCUCCCCUGAGCUGCCGCGUUUUAAAGAGCUCAUCUUUGAGGAUUUCUCCCCUUUCCUUCUUGUGGAAAAUAUGUUUGAGGAGGUGGUGCUGCAGUCUGUCACGAAGGACAUCAUGAUGGCUGUGAAGGAGGCCGCCGUCCAGAGGAGGCACAAUCUCUACAGGGACAGUAUUGUCUUGACCAACAGUGACCCCGACCUCCAAGCGCUUGGCGAAAAUCUUCCCGUGGACUGGGCCACCAAAUUCGGCAACGGUCAACCCGAAGGUGGUAGCGGCGAUGGCGACGGAGGUUCUGGGAAAAAACGCAAGCAGGUGGUGUCCAUGAUCCAGCUCGAAGGAGUACCUUUGCCCUACGAGUCGUGUUUGGAAGUUCCUGGGGUGGAGCUCAUCCCCGAAGAACAAGCCGCGGCGUCCGAUGACGCGGAGGAGCAGGCAGAGGCCGACGCGUGCGGGGGGCCGAAAUCCCCGGAUAGCGUGGACGAAAUCAGAGAUCUGAUCAAUCCGGUGACGGAAGUGGUGCUGCCAGAUGAAAUCCAGAGCGACGCGUCCAACGGGACGCUGCCGACACUGGCCGAUGGCGCGCAGGAGGAGGUGAGCCACAUCACCACGUUGGUGGAGGAUGUCCCCUUGAAGUCUCCGCAGGAGAAGAGAUCACCGCAGUCCAUCCUCCAGCAGUUGGUGGGAAACAAGGAACAGGAAGACGAGAAGGAGGAAGCGGCCAUUAAGAGUGCUAUUGAGGAAAUCGAGUUAGCGGUACAGGAAGGUGAGCACGAACAAACUACGGAGGUUUCCGCCACCAAAUCGGAUUCGUCGCGGCAGCCGGCGUCGGCGAAGGACUCCGCUCCACACGAAGAGCCUCAGCCUGUCCAAAAGAGCCUGAACGGCGACGACAGUAUCAUAGACCCUGUAGAAGUGGAAGUGGCUGUCGCGUAGGAUGGCCGCCGUCCCAAACGCUCGUUGUGUGAGAGGUGGGAGUGCAUUUUGCUGGGACUUGCUUCGUAUCGUUUCUUUGUUGAUGUUGCACACCUCAAGGACCAAUGAUCUCAUCCACGGCUUGACUUCCCUGAGAUAUUGUUCUUGGUGAUUGGUUCUUCCGUAUAAUCCCCACGCAGGCUUCCUUCAUAUUUUGUUAAUGACACUGAAUGCAUCACGCUUGGGUUUUUUUUUUUUUUUUUGAACGCUGAUUAUGAUAUUCAGCACAAAAAUACCCUUGUGGUCAAAUGGGAUAUUCUCUAAAACCUGACAAUUUUGCAAUAAUGCGUUGACGGUAGUGCGCCGUUCUUGGCAGCAGGGGGCACUGCAGUAUAUCCCCUUAUUUUAACAACUACAGUUUUUCAAAUCAUAUCUAUUUUUGUAAGUGUUUUCUGUAUUUAUAAUGUAGACUUGAUGCGUGUUUUAAGCGAUUGCGUUUGUAGGUGUUGGCUUCAAUGUGUGGGAGUUUUAAAACCUAUAAUCUCAGUCGGCUUUUCUAUUUUUCUCCAGCUUCACUGUAAAUGCAUUCGAUCAAACGUUACGGGUGUCUAGUAAAGCACAUUUUCUUUCUUUUUUCUCAUUCUUUGGGCUCAGGUUCAGUUUGCUCAGCUCAAAUUGGCCUUGUGAACCAUAAAUGUUUGAGAGGUUUUUUUGUUUGUUUUUUUUAACCUGUUCAUCACACAGAGGUUGGGAUAAGAAACCAAACGAGUCACAAUUUGUUAAUUACUCACUGGGGAGACAAAAGCUUUUUGAAUUAUUCGUUUAGAGACUUUGAGAAAUAAUGACAUACAAUAACAUGAAACGCGGUUAGUGUAUACACUUUUUGCACUCGCAAUACAAUUCAAACAUUCUUUAAAUAAAGUACGUGAUCUGUUUUAUCUUAGAUGCUGAGAAGAGAGCUGCAAAUCCUUCACUCUUUUUUAAAAACAUUUUUAAUAGCUUCAGCUUGUAAAAUCACCUCUUGCAUCUUGAAACAUUUGUCUGGACACCUUUGGUGCAAGAAUUAAAAUUGUUAAACUAUACAUUGCUUUCAAUGGAGGGGCGCGGACACCUCUCCUUUAUUUAUUCCUGUACCCGUGUGGUUGUGCUUUUCCAGAUCUAGGUCUUUGUUUUCGUCAUCUUGAAAUAUGUACCGUACAAACAUUUGUUGUUGAAUAAAGUUAUUUCCUGAACUAUG